AUGGCGGACGUGAAAGACUUGACAAGAGACAUCGACCGGCUGGACGGCCAACUCGACAAGCUCGACGAUGCGUUGCAGCCGCUCCUGACGGGCCUCGAGGAGCGUGCCUCUCAACUGCCGCUCCUGGACAAGGCCAAGUUCUUUUCACUCACCGCGUACUCCAUCGAGUCUCUGCUCUUCUCCGCCCUCAAGCUGCAGGGCGUCGACGCGCAGAACCAUGCCGUCUUCACCGAGCUCAAGCGCGUGCAGCAGUACUUUGCCAAGAUCAAGGCGAUAGAGGAGCCGGAGCCGACGGCGCAGCGGACGACAUCCGUCAACCGCGAGGGCGCUGCGCGGGUGUUGAAGGCUGGCCUGUCGGACAACAAGGCGCUGAGCAGCAAGCUCGCAGAGAAGAUUGCCGAAGAGCGCGCCAAAGCACUCUUGAAGUCUGUCGACGCCAGGAAGCGGCCCUCGGACGGCGUAGUGCCGCCCGCAUCGGUCGGCGAGGCCCAGACGAGCAAGAAGCAGAAGCACGAGAGGAAAGACAAGAAGAAUCAAAAACGCAACAAGCGGCAAGGCUAG